AGAAGAACCACCACGACCUGGACCACAGAGAGCGAGACUCAAGUGCAAAUAACUCUGUUUCUCCCUCGGAGAGCCUGAGAGCCAGCGAGAAGCACAGGAGCUCCACCGACUACAGCAUCGACUCCAAGAAGAGGAAAGCGGAGGAGAAGGACAGCAUGAGUCGAUAUGACAGCGAUGGUGACAAGAGCGAUGACCUGGUGGUUGACGUCUCAAAUGAGGACCCUGCCACCCCCCGGGUCAGCCCAGCCCACUCCCCCCCAGAGAACGGCCUGGACAAAGCUCGUGGGCUGAAGAAGGGGGAUGCACCCAACAGCCCUGCCUCGGUGGCCUCCUCCAGCAGCACUCCCUCCUCCAAGACUAAAGACCUGGGUCAUAACGACAAAGCGUCGACGCCUGGGCUGAAGUCCAACACUCCGACACCGCGGAACGACGCUCCCACCCCAGGGACCAGCAGCACCCCAGGGCUGCGGCCGAUGCCUGGCAAGCCCACAGGCAUGGACCCCUUGGCCUCAGCCCUGCGGACGCCGAUCUCCAUCGCGGGGUCGUACGCAGCACCGUUCGCCAUGAUGGGGCACCAUGAGAUGAAUGGGUCCCUGACCAGCCCCGGGGCCUACGCGGGGCUGCACAACAUCCCUCCCCAGAUGAGUGCUGCUGCUGCCGCCGCCGCUGCCUACGGCCGGUCACCAAUGGUUGGUUUUGACCCACACCCACCCAUGAGAGCCCCUGGGCUGCCCUCCAGCCUGGCAUCCAUCCCUGGAGGGAAACCAGCCUACUCGUUCCACGUGAGCGCGGACGGGCAGAUGCAGCCGGUGCCGUUCCCACACGACGCGCUGGCAGGGCCUGGCAUCCCACGCCACGCGCGCCAGAUCAACACGCUGAGCCACGGCGAGGUGGUGUGCGCCGUCACCAUCAGCAACCCCACGCGCCAUGUCUACACCGGUGGCAAGGGCUGCGUCAAGAUCUGGGACAUCAGCCAGCCGGGCAGCAAGAGCCCCAUCUCCCAGCUUGACUGCCUGAACAGGGAUAACUACAUCCGCUCGUGCAAGCUGCUCCCGGAUGGGCGCACGCUGAUCGUGGGUGGCGAGGCCAGCACCCUCACCAUCUGGGACCUGGCGUCCCCCACCCCUCGCAUCAAGGCUGAGCUCACCUCCUCUGCCCCUGCCUGCUAUGCCCUGGCCAUCAGCCCCGACGCCAAAGUCUGCUUCUCCUGCUGCAGCGACGGCAACAUCGCCGUCUGGGACCUGCACAACCAGACCCUUGUCAGGCAAUUCCAAGGGCACACAGACGGUGCCAGCUGCAUAGACAUCUCCCACGACGGUACCAAGCUGUGGACGGGAGGGUUGGACAACACCGUGCGCUCCUGGGACCUGAGGGAGGGAAGGCAGCUCCAGCAGCACGACUUCACCUCCCAGAUCUUCUCUCUGGGGUACUGCCCAACGGGGGAGUGGCUGGCAGUGGGCAUGGAGAGCAGCAAUGUGGAGGUGCUGCACCACACCAAACCUGACAAGUACCAACUGCACCUCCAUGAGAGCUGUGUCCUCUCCCUCAAGUUUGCCUACUGUGGGAAAUGGUUUGUGAGCACUGGGAAAGACAACCUGCUCAACGCCUGGAGGACACCCUAUGGAGCAAGCAUCUUCCAGUCGAAGGAAUCCUCAUCUGUGUUGAGUUGUGACAUCUCAGCAGAUGACAAGUACAUCGUCACGGGCUCUGGGGACAAGAAGGCCACAGUCUACGAGGUGAUCUACUAA